AUGGUUUUUGUUGAGCGCGCUGGCCCACCAUCCGUUCCAUAUGAAAAUAAGCCACUUAAUUUUCAUCAAGUGGAGUUGACGAAGGACGACCUUCGUGUGACUAGCCUUCGUGUGACUAGCCCUCAUGAUCUUGAUGCGUUAUGGCAGCACGACACCAUACUUGGAAGGGCUCGUUAUGCAGCCAAUAUAUGA